AGAGGAGCUUGCAGAGGAGCCUGGAGAGGAGGCUAGAGAGGAGGCUAGAGAGGAGGCUGGAGAGGAGGCUAGAGAGGAGCCUGCAGAGGGCAGCGUUCACGAAAACACGGUCAUUUAUUACAAUUACAGCGAGCCCCUUCACAAGCGAGGGCUCAGAGCUCUUUAAAACUCCACGCGAAGGGGUUAACUAAGCCGGCGAGGAUGUUCGUUUCCGUGGGAAGAUGAUGAAAGAGGUUUCGUUGGUGUGUCUGAUUCUCUCGGUCUUGUGCUGGUGCUCCAGUCGACAUGUGUGUUGUUCGGAAGAGGGCUCUGCUGCCUCAGCACAGUUUGCACAGGAUAGCAGACCCCAGGAAAAGCAUGAGGAGAACAUUGACUCAACGGGUGCAGAUGAGAGGUCCACAGAGAUCCAGUCAUCCUAUGAUGUUGGAUUGAGAGCAGAACUUUCUUUGCAAAUACACACUUUAGCAGAAGACUGCACGAAAGAUGAAGGGCAGGAGCAGAAUGUGAAAGCAGAUGAGCCAGAGUCUGCGUCUUUAUCUGAAUCUGUGACUGAGGCAGAGUCUGCGUCUUUAUCUGAAUCUGUGACUGAGGCAGAGUCUGCGUCUUUAUCUGAAUCUGUGACUGAGGCAGAGUCUGCGUCUUUAUCUGAAUCUGUGACUGAGGCAGAGUCUGCGUCUUUAUCUGAAUCUGUGACUGAGCCAGUGCCAGAGCCGGACCUGGACCCGGACCCGGACCCAGACCCUACAUCCAGCCUGUAUGAAGCUACUUCCAGUGCUUCUGCUACGGCUGAUAACAUUUCCAGCACACCUACCUCAGAGAUCCCUCCUGUUACUCAGCCAAGUGCAAUAGAGAAUUCCAGUGCUGAUACCCCUGUAGGCAGCUCUAAUGAUGCUGAGCAGUCAGCUGCUGACUGUGAGGCUGGAGGGACCCCUGUGGCGGCCCCUCAUAGCGAGCCCCCCUCCUUUGGCAGGCUACCCACCAGCCUCUCGGAAGAGCUUGUGGAGAACAUCUCCAGCACUCCUGCCAGGGGAAGGGGGACAAAGACAGACCUGGAUACCAAACUCACGAGAGUGGGCAAGGAGACAAGCAGGGACUACAACUCUAACACUUCUCACGAAAUCAAGAACGCGGACCCUCGCAAAGUUGGUGAGAUAGACCCCACUGCUGUCCAGCCCAGCAAAGACCCAGAAGAUAUUCCCACGUUCGACGAGUGGAAGAAGAAAGUUCUGGAGGUGGAAAAGGAAAAGAGUCAGUCCAUGCACCCCUCCUCCAAUGGGAGCCCACACAUUGUAAAGAAAGUACAGAAGAACUUCAAUAACUACGCCUCCGUGGAGUGUGGGGCCAAAAUCCUAGCAGCCAACACAGAAGCAAAGAGCACUUCGGCUAUAUUGAUGGAAAACAUGGACCUGUAUAUGCUAAACCCCUGCAGCACUAAGAUAUGGUUUGUGAUUGAACUUUGUGAACCGAUUCAAGUUAAGCAGCUGGACAUCGCAAACUUCGAGCUGUUCUCCUCCACUCCAAAGGACUUCCUUGUCUCCAUCAGUGACCGGUACCCAACCAAUAAGUGGGUUAAACUGGGUACUUUCCAUGGCCGAGAUGAGAGAACAGUGCAGACAUUUCCACUGGAUGAGCAGCUCUAUGCUAAAUAUGUCAAGAUGUUCAUCAAGUACAUAAAGGUGGAACUUGUCUCCCAUUUUGGAUCUGAACACUUCUGUCCACUCAGCCUCAUUCGGGUGUUUGGGACCAGCAUGGUGGAGGAGUAUGAAGAGAUUGCAGAGUUGCAGUACCCCUCCGAGCGGAUGGAAUAUCUGGAUGAAGAUUAUGAUUACCCUCCAGGCUAUGUGCCACAGGAAGACAAAUCUUCCAAGGACCUGCUCGGCUCUGCCACAAAUGCUAUCUUGAAUAUGGUAAACAUAGCUGCUAAUAUGCUGGGGGCAAAAUCGGAAUUGGAGGCAGCUCUGAGAGAAGAAAACCUCUCUGGUGAAGCCGUGAAUAUGACAGGAACAUCCGAGGCAUCCCAGCCUAUUCCCACCUCUCCUCCAGUGCUGGAGACUGUAGAGGGGAUCCCCCCGGUUUCCGGUGAAGACACUGGGGAGCAGGCAGUGCCCACACCGGCCCCCCAGGAAGAGAUCCUGAUCGUGCAGCUGGUGCAGGAGGAGGAGGAGGAACCCAGCCAGUCCACAGUCACCCUCCUGGAGGGAGAGGAGGAGGAGGAGGGUGCUGCAGACAGGCAGGACUCCUACCAGCUGGACAGCCUCACAUACUGUGGGGAGACCACCACCUUCUCCUGCAUGGCCAGCUUCUCUGAGUAUGUGCAGCAGCGGUGCUCCGUCGCUGUGGCUCUUCAGUGGCAGCAAUGUAGAGCCGCAGGCCAGCAGGAGCUGGAGCCAGGCUCCUUCAAGAAGCAUCAAGAGACCCCACCUCCCAUCCCUGAGCAGCAGCAAGAGACCUCGCUGCCCAUCCCUGAGCAGAGCGAGACACGGGAGCCUGCUAAAGAGGAGCUGCCACCAUCUAGCGAAGUUCAGUUCAUCCUUAUCGAGAGGGACAUUAAAACUACUCCUACAGUCUCCCAGCAACAGGAUGUUCGGCACUCGGAGACCACAGUGGAGCAGACUGCAGAGCCCAUUGAUCUGGAACCCAGCCAGUCCUCCUCUCUGCCUCAGGGUAGCAUCUCUGAUACCCCCCAUGUGAAGGUAACCCCUACAGAGGAGAUACCGGACUCCUCCACUGGAGACUUGCUUGAACAGACCCCACUGUACCUCGAAAACACCCCUGAAACACAGGCUGGGACCGGGAAGAAAAUUGCAGCCAGCAGCACUGCAGAGGAGCCAUCCCCGAGCUCUGAAGCUGAACCCCCCAGCGAGGAGAAUCCCAGUCCCACCCUCGGAGAGCACACGGACACUCCCCAGGCCCUCACUAACCCCACAGAAACAGUGCCCCCAGUGGAGCUCGGCACCGCUGCUGUGAAUACAGAGGCUGUGGUUGGCAAAGGGACCUCAGAAGAGCCGUCUGUCUCGGUGGAGCCUGCUGAACCCCCCGUUAUGCUGGAAGUCAAAGGAGACGAGCAGUCCUCUGAGGACAUCCUCCUCAUGGUCCCCUCUUCCAAUGGCCAGCUCCAGAGGACCGCCACUGACUUCUACGCUGAGCUGCAGAACUCCACUGAUCUGGGGAACACCAACGGCAACCAGGUGCACGGCUCCAACCAGAAGGAGUCUGUCUUCAUGAGGCUCAACAACCGCAUCAAGGCUCUGGAGAUGAACAUGUCCCUGAGCAGCCGCUACCUGGAGGAGCUCAGCCAGAGGUAUCGGAAGCAAAUGGAAGAAAUGCAGAGGGCUUUCAACAAGACCGUGAUCAAACUCCAGAACACCUCCAGGAUUGCAGAGGAGCAGGACCAGCGGCAAACAGAAUCUAUCCAGUCACUGCAGAACCAGCUGAAAAACAUGACGCAGCUCGUCCUGAACCUGUCUGGCACGGUGGGCCAGCUCCAGAGAGAGGUCUCGGAUCGUCAAAGCUACCUUGUCAUCGCGCUGGUGCUGUGUGUGUGCCUGGGCCUGCUGCUGUGUGUCCAGCGCUGUGGGAGCAACUCCCCAGCACAGGAGGUCUUCUCUUUACCAGUCCCCAAGAGCAACCACUACCCCAGCCCCAAGAGGUGCUUUUCUUCAUACGAUGACAUGAGUCUCAAGAGGAGGGUAUCUUGCCCCCUUGUUCGUUCCAAGUCAUUCCAGUUACCUGCUUCAGAAGUAGGUUCUGAUGACUUGUACAUUGUAGAACCUCUAAGGUUUUCGCCAGAAAAUAAAAAGAAAAAACGUUGCAAAUUGAAGGUGGAGAAGGUGGAGACUCUGAAGCCCUCCGUCCCCACGCCGCCAGUAGCUAACGGAGGAGUGAAGAGCAACGGCCCCCUGCAGCGCCACAGUGCCUUCCUGCCAUCGGGGGAGGUGUGUACAUCCUCCUACAAGGGCCCCCCCUCCGAGGGCAGCUCCGAGGGCUCCUCGCACUCCGAAGAGUCCUACUUCUGCGGUAUCUCCUCCUGCACUCACCUCUGCAACGGCCAGCCGCCGCCCAAGACCAAGACCGAGAAGAGAGCCUUCAAGCGCAGGCGCUCCAAGAUGGACCCGAGGAAGUACAUGGCUGGGCUGAUACAGACUGAAACCGGGUCCAUGCCCAGCAUGCAGGACUUCAUGAAGGGGAACAAGGAGAUGAGCAUGGGGACGUUCGGGCUCCCGGCCGUGUCUGGGCAGGUCUGAGACCCGUCUAAACAAACACUCCUCCUCCCCAUGUGGCAGGGCCCCACUUUACUCCCCACUCCCCACUGAUCUGUUCAAGGGGGCUGGGGGUGGUAACACAGAGACGCUGUUCCUGCCUGUGUUUACUUUGAACUCGGACUCUUGGGAGGUGUACCCAGUGUUUACUGGGUGUGGGGGGCGAGCAGUGGAGCCGCAUUUGUUAGAGGGAACCCCCCCCCACCCCCCUUCUCCCAGAGUUCAUUCCCUUGUUCUCGCACCUUUCCUUGUUUAUGUGCCUUUUCUCUGUUUAGAAACAAAAAAACCUUUCUUGUACAGAAAGCAAAAUGUGUACAUUUAGAUGUUAGCAGUUUAUGCUACAAGAGUUUGUAGAAGACUAGCGGCUUUCAAUGUGACGCUCCGCAGGUAGCAUUCCAUCAUCUCCCUGGUUUUACAGAGACUGAAGGAGGGAAGGCAGUUGGUGUGUUCUGGAGCCCUCCUGUUUGCAGUGCUGCGAGGGUAUCAGAUGUUGUUGGCUGUGACAGUGUUGUGCAGCAGCCCAAGCAGUUUGCUUUGCUUUUCAUAGUUCUUGUUCAGUUUACCGUUUUUGUUCAGCGUUUUAAUUUGUGUGGUUUGAAUAGUAGAACACUACACAGCACAGUCAGAUUUGGGACCAGGUGGCUGUCACUGCAUGUGGUAAUCCCCAGGUAUCUAAAGCAGCGAAGGAUUGACUGAAUUCAUUGCAGUUCAUCUGGAUUGCAGCAAGGUUUGUGUGUUUUUUUUUUAAUUGAAGUCUAUGUCAGUGUUUCAGUGAUGUCAGCUGGUACUUUUUUGUGCCUAGUUUCCUCCCCGAGCCAGUGCUAGUUCCUAAAUCCUGAGGGGUUAUUUACACCUGUUGCAACAAUUACUGAAGACAAAACUGUGAUCACAAAUGACUGUUGGAAAUUCAUGACAUGAAUUGAAUUGCAUUUUGUGAUUUGGUGGGGAACCCGUUGUGACGUGGGCAUGUCCUGUGGACUAGUUUUUCCAGCUGCUCUUUCACGACACCUACAGUCCCAGUCAUCAUGUUGAAGCUGUGUGGUAGAGCCUGCUGGUGGGAGCCACAGAGUAUCUCUUUGCUGCUAAUCUAUAUUUAUUUGUGUUAAAGUACUUUUAAACAUGUAAUAUACACCCCUACAUUUAAUGAGUGGCAAGGUUUCUAAGGGGAGGAUUGUUCCCCAAGCCUGCCCUUGCAUUGUGCUGUCCUGGAGUCAGUGCUAUGGGAAACAGUUUGAAACCCUGAAUGCAGGGGUUCACCUGUCACUGCUCAGUGAUGGGUGUCUCCCUGGGAGUGCCUGAGAGACAGCAGAGCUAUCGCGGUUCAGCCUGGUCAUCAUCAGCGAUGUUUGUAAAGAACAGCCCCAAAGUACAAGAAGAUUCAAUUGCAAGUUCCCCCAAAGGCUGCCCUAGUUUCUAAUCAGGGGUCACUCCCUGAGCAGAGGGGAGUUAAACCUGGAGAGGAGCUGUGAAUUAAGUGUGGACAGCUGAAUCACAGCACUACAGACAGGGCUCCAAGCACAGCACUGCUGCAGGCUGGCACGCACUACAGACAGGGCUCCACGCACAGCACUGCUGCAGGCUGGCCGGCACUACAGACAGGGCUCCACGCACAGCACUGCUGCAGGCUGGCACGCACUACAGACAGGGCUCCACGCACAGCACUGCUGCAGGCUGGCCGGCACUACAGACAGGGCUCCACGCACAGCACUGCUGCAGGCUGGCACGCACUACAGACAGGGCUCCACGCACAGCACUGCUGCAGGCUGGCCGGCACUACAGACAGGGCUCCACGCACAGCACUGCUGCAGGCUGGCCGGCACUACAGACAGGGCUCCACGCACAGCACUGCUGCAGGCUGGCCGGCACUACAGACAGGGCUCCACACACAGCAGCAUUACCAGACUUUUUUUUUCAUUCCCUCUUUCUAAAAUGUGUGCUUAAUAGGCCAUUCAGAGUGGGUUUACAAUAUAAGGAGUAUUGACUGGUAUUCCAGCUAAUGCACCAAGCAGAGACAAGUGAGCUUUUUAUUUCAGUACGGUACAUCUACAUCCUGUGGGGUUAGACUCAGAAAAUACACUGAGAACACAGUAAGCUGGAAUAGGUGUGUGCUGUGCAGUCCUGAAUGUUUUAUAAAUUGAAUGUGCUGAAGAGGCCGUGGGAGUGGAUUGGUUUGUUUCGUGUAGAGAAUAUAAAAGAUUAUACUAUUAUUAAAAGUUUAAGUUCUUAUUCAAUGUGCACUUUUCUAACUUCUGAUAUUUUCCGUUUUCUGCUAUACCUUGUAUGUAAAGUGACUUUCUGCUUUGCCAGGCUUUGUCUUCAGUCUCAGUCUGAUGGGAUUGGGGGCCUUUCUCUCCAGGCCAGUUUUGUUUCUGUUUGUGAGGUCUUGCUGCACAGUACUGUGGAACUGGAGUGAAGUGGAACUACACAGAUGUAGUGCUGUCAAACUGUGAAUUUCUAAAUAAAACUGAACACUUCAUUGUC